AUGGAUCUUGUGUCCACGAUUCGGAAGGAAGGGAGCAGGGGCGGUCAAACGGAGUUCAAAUGGUCAGACGUUAAGGACUCGAGCCGCCGGGAAAACUACCUUGGCCAUUCCUUGAUGGCCCCCGUUGGUCGGUGGCAACAAGGCCGUGACCUCUCGUGGUAUACCAAAGGAGAAGACUCUGACGCAGCAAAGAAGGCUCGAGAGGAGGAAAUCCGGAAGGUUAAAGAGGCAGAGCAAGAAGCUAUAGCCCGAGCACUUGGUCUACCAAUAUCAGUGCCGUCGAAAAGCUCGAACGCCAACCUAGAACCACUGGGGGGAAAGGAGGUCGAGCGAGCAGUCUUAGAAGGAGCGGAUGAUCAUGAAGAUGUUGACCGCGUCAAGGGAGUCGGGUUUGGUGGCUUCACUGGCAAGACGCCAGCUGGAGAAGGGAUCGAAAAGCUGGAGCCAAUAGGAGAUGUUUCUAGCAACUACAGUCAAACUACAAAGACCAAUGCUGACAACCGGCCCCGCAGUGACCGCCACUCGGAAAGAAGAAAGGAACACGACAGAAGAGACGAUCGAGAUCGUGCAAGGCACUAUAGAAGUCGGAGAGAAGACCAUCGCUCGGAUCGACAUGAAAGAAAAAGAUAUCGUUCACGUUCUCGGUCCCGAGAGGCCCCUAGGCGGCAACGCUCAGCUUCACGUUCACGCAGCAGAGAUCGGGAAUCACGAGAUCGUCGAACCCAUCGCAGACGGAGCAGAUCACCCCGUGACUCCCGAUAUCAUAGAGACGAUAAAAGAUAUGAACGUAACGACAGAAGACGAUAA